CCGCCCCCGCCCCGCCCUUCCCGGGUCAGUGAGGGAGCACCCGGCUCCCGCAGGCGCUCGGCCUCCGCUCAUUCCUGAUCCCGCAGUGGUCGCGAUGGCGGGGGCUGUAUUGAGGGUCGCCCGGCGGCAGCUGAGCCAGCGUGGCGGGUCUGGAGCCCCCAUCCUCCUGCGGCAGAUGUUCGAGCCCGUGAGCUGCACCUACACGUACCUACUGGGUGACAGAGAAUCCCGGGAGGCCGUUCUGAUCGACCCGGUCCUGGAAACAGCACCUCGGGAUGCCCAACUGAUCAAGGAGCUGGGGCUGCGGCUGCUGUAUGCUGUGAAUACCCACUGCCACGCGGACCACAUUACAGGCUCGGGGCUGCUCCGUUCCCUCCUCCCUGGCUGCCAGUCUGUCAUCUCCCGCCUUAGUGGGGCCCAGGCUGACUUGCACAUCGAGGAUGGAGACUCCAUCCGCUUUGGGCGCUUCGCCUUGGAGACCAGGGCCAGCCCUGGCCACACCCCAGGCUGUGUCACCUUCGUCCUGAAUGACCACAGCAUGGCCUUCACUGGAGAUGCCCUGUUGAUCCGUGGGUGUGGGCGGACAGACUUCCAGCAAGGUGACUAGCUCCUUUAUCCAGCCCAAGAU